AUGGUGUCAUUCGCGUCGCCAUUAUUCUGGCAGAUCAAUUAUCUGGUGUCUAACUUGAGCAAAAAGAAUUUUAAGUCUAACGUAGCUGAGCUUAACCAGCUCGUGGAACUCUAUGGGGAAGAUGCGCGCAUCUUUCUCCUCAACUGCCUUGUUAAGGACAUCGACUUUCGCGACACGCGUGGCCAGAAGGACGCUCUCAAGAUCCAGCUACUCACGCAUGAGGUUGCGCAGGCUUCUUCGCGCCCAAACUUUACCACCUUUAUAUGCGAGGCGGUUGAAGGAAGUUCUUCGGCCAUCGGUGGACACCAUGUGACUGAAGAAUAUCUUCACCACUUUUGCAAAACUCUUAAGCUUAGCUUGCCGCAGCAGGUGACGGUCGGUCUGGCUUUUGCCCAGGGCGAAAAUGCUGAAAGAUCUGCUCAGGCUAUUCAAUUCCUGCGCACUAAGAUUCUUGAACUUUCGACGUGUGGAGCCAAACUUCCCUCGGAUGUGCUCCAUUCGCUAGUGUUUGUGCUGCGCAUGAAUAAAGAAUUUCGUGCUGAUAUCGCGGAAACCGACUCCUAUCUUGCUAGUAUCUCAUCAGCGCACCCAAAUGACAUGGGAUUACUUGAAAUGGCUCCACUUACAAUAGGCGAUCUCGAACAUGUGGACUGCGAGCCCAUGACGGCAUCAGACUCGCUCAGUAAUCUCAUAUCAGACGUAUCUUCUAAUUGCCUAUUCUAUGAAUUGAUGGAAGACGUUGGCUACUCGUCUACGGCGUCCCCACAGACAUUUCGCACGCUUCUUGCGGAGGCUGGUUUGGCCAAGGCUUCCUCGAUUCCUCCAAACCAGGUGGCAGGAAUGCUAGUAAUGCUUUCGCAGACUUAUACCGGUCUCGAUGCAACGAAUGGAGCAACUUUGAUGGCGAAUCUUACUAUUGACUUUGAGGCCGCCGCGGCUGAUGUUGCUGUCGCCGCACCAGUGCGGAAAAAUUGGGAUCUCGAUGUCAUUGCAGAAGUAAUACAGAAGGACUACACUUCGAUUAACUGGACUAAGGUAGCUGAGAAGCUCGAUCGUCCUGAUCUCAACAUCCAGGAUGUGACUCAGUUGCGUGUGCUUGUUACGGCUUUUCAACGGCUCUCGCAGACCAAAUUCCGUUUGACAACUUUGCUGCGACCGUGGACUAAUAGCCGGGCUCACAUGAGUAUUCUGAAGGUCGCUGUAGAGGCGCCACCGGAUGUGCUUUCGUUCUUGGAUUCUCCGCAAAAGCUGGCGCCGUUUGAAGGCGCCGAUGCGUCUUCUGUACCUAAGAAUGGCGUUUGGUUCUCCCUCGAUAUUGUAGAAACGCUGCUACAAGUCUCGGAAAAAGAUUGUUACGGUGACGUGCGCAAGCUGUUAGAUGGCGCGAUGAAGACGUGCCCUGAUGUGUUGAUCGCAAAUUUGGCCCAAGCAUCGCCCAGUUGGAAUGGUUUGCGUGACGACAUGUUCUCAGAGCUAUUUUGCACUUAUAUCAUGGGCAGACCUAACGCACCACUUAUUAUGCGUCAUCUUUGGUCUGUCGCGCCCAAAUUAGUACUGUAUGCAAGUGUAAAAUGCUUUUACGCUGCGACGGCACCGCACAUUGUGUCGCGACUGUUUGCGCUAUUCCGCAACACAGGUGAUUCAUUUGCAUCCGCGAUUCAUUCGAACUACUUCUCGUUUGCUCUGGCAUUGGCCACGAUGGGAGCGAAUCACGACGUCCUUAACUUAGAGACAUGGCUAGUAGAGCGCCUCGCAUCGCAAAGAACGGCUUUUGCUACCUCGUGUCUGGCUUUUGUGCACCGAAACUAUGCUCGUGCAGUGCCAAAAAGUAACAUUACCCCGCAGUCCAGCCAUGUACUGUCUAUUGAGUCGUUAGCGACUAUUCUUAAAUGUAUCAUGACCGUUCAGAGCGCACUUCCGAUCACCAUAUCACAAGAGCUCAAACGUAUCAUCACCUUAUGCAUGGAAACCCACCCAGUCAUUUCGGCGUCUACGCGCCAGACCGGAGAAAUUAGCAAUUUGCACACCCCAGGAUUAAUUGCUGGUAGCGGAGCUAUUGCAGUAGCAGGUGUUAGCACUGGAGCUGGAGGUGAUACCAUCUCGAGUAGCGGCGCAACCUCGACAUACACAGCGGAAAUGAUCGAAGAGCAAGCAAACGCGUAUUUUCAGCAGAUCUACACUUCCGAGCAGAACAUCAACGACGUUGUGGCAAUGCUCAAACGCUUUCAAAGCUCCCGGGACGAGCGCGAACGUCAGAUCUUUUACUGCAUGAUUCACAACUUAUUCGAUGAGUACCGAUUUUUUCCUCGCUACCCGGAAAUGGAGCUGCGGAUUACGGGUGUCCUAUUCGGCAAGCUUAUUGAGCACCAAGUGCUUCCUUCCAACUUUCUCCAGACCGCGCUGCGCUCUGUGCUUGAAAGUCUUCGUGAGCCUGUCAACUCUAAGUUCUUUUUCUUUGGUGCGUGUGCAUUGCAGCAAUUUGUUCCGCGGUUGCGGGAAUUGCCUGCUUAUUGUACGAAUUUAUCGCAAAUUCCUCACCUUCAACACGCCCUACCCGAAAUCAUGCGCCAAGUUAAUCAGGUUACACGUACAAUUUCUGCUUCGGGACCCGCGCUAGAUGCGAGUGCUGGCAGUAGUGGUGCGUUGUCGCUGAGUGGUGCUCUGCAACCAUUAGGUAGGCCAUUUGAGGGAGAUGACGCUUUAAGAGGCGACCCUAGCGCCGAUUUAUGUAGUGCUGUAUCGCCAACGUCUCUUAAAUCUGGAUCGAAGGCUCAAGACGAUAUCGGCAUCCAAAUCCCGUCAUCGAUUUUAAGCCGGUCUGCCGGCCCGUCGUUGACAUCUACGCCACUUAAUGCACCAGCUAGUUCGCCACCUCCUGUUGCUGCCCCCACACCUGAGCUUAAGGUGGAUCACAUUUUUCAUGAUUCAAGCAAAGUUGAUGAGAAUGACGUUAUCGAACAACCGGACGAAAAUGUCAAGGAUCGUAUUCAUUUCAUCGUAAACAAUAUGUCUAUCUCGAAUUUGGAAGCUAAGAUCCCAGAAGUACGUAAAAUGCUGCUACCACCGUAUCAUGGUUGGCUAGCGAACUAUUUGGUGGUGAAGCGUAUUUCGACGCAGCCAAACUACCACACGGUUUACUUGAUUUUUAUCGAGAAGCUUAUGCGUCCAGAACUUGAACUUGAAAUUUUGAAACGCACUUUUCAAAAUGCGCGUAAGCUGCUGACAUCGGAAACAAUCACGACAAACUCGCAGCAGCGUUCAUUGUUAAAAAAUUUAGGCUCGUGGCUUGGUGUCUUUACUCUAGCCCGCAACAAACCUCUGCUACAGCGUGAUUUGGACUUAAAAGAGCUGCUGUAUGCGGGCUACGAAACUGGUCAUCUUAUUGCUGUAACUCCUUUUGUUGCUAAGAUUCUGGAGGGCUGCAAGAAGUCAAAGAUUUUUAAGCCGCCUAAUCCGUGGAUUAUGGGUCUUAUUCAUGCCAUGAGCGAGAUUUAUGACGUGCCUGAUCUCAAGCUCAAUCUCAAAUUUGAGAUUGAAGUCUUGUUCAAAUCAUUCAAGCUGAAUGUAGAGGAUCAGCGGAAAGCACAUUUACUGCAUACGCGUCGCUCCCCACCACGUACAGCAAACCCUGACUUUAAUGUCAAGCUUCCCAAAAAUUCGAAUGUUGGACAGCGCUCAUCCACACCUCCGCCUGGCUCAGGAGUUAAGCUUGGCCAACCACUGACUCCUCGCAAGGUGAAGAAGUCAAGCGAUGGUUUUGUACCUGCCGGUAGUCCGAAUGAAAGAGAGGGAAUAACAUCUUACGGGCUUGGAGCUAAUAACAAUGGAUCUGCUGCUGCGGAGUCAACGGUAAUUCCUAAUCUGGCGUCAUAUGUUGCUGUAAACCCCGAGUUGCCAUUGCGCAAUGUAAAUCUGCGUCGUCUGGUGCCACUUGCUGUGGACCGCGCAAUUCGCGAGGUGAUAUCUCCUGUGGUAGAACGCAGCGUGACUAUCGCUUGCAUCACGACUCGUGAGUUAAUCUUAAAAGAUUUUGCUUCGGAAUCAGACGAUACAAAGAUGCGUAAAGCAGCUCAUUUGAUGGUGGCUUCCAUGUCAGGAUCGUUGGCACUCAUCACAGCGAAGGAACCGCUUCGCAAUGCGAUUGGCACCCACUUGCGUGCUUUACUUCCCACCAGCGCUGGAGAUCCGCAACAGCUUGAGCAUGUGAUUCAAGUUUGCUCGAAUGAGAACACGGACCUAGGCUGCAUGUUGAUCGAAAAAGCGUCUUCCGAAAAGGCCAUGCGAGACGUUGAUGAGGCUCUUGCAGGUGCUUAUGCAACACGUCGGCGUCAUCAACAGCAACUGGCGCAAAACGGAAAAGCAUCAGAAGCCGACAGAGUGCACUUCUUUGAGAAUUGUGCAAGCAGUACAUCUACAACAGCUUCUACUGGCUCUCCUGGUUCUCCUAGUGGCCAAUGGCCCGCUGCUUUGCCUGAAGUCUUCAAACCAAAACCUGGUGGAAUCCCACUCGUGCAGCUAGUGGUUUAUGAAGCAUUUCAACGUAUUCCUCGACCCACAUCAAUGCCGCUGUCAUCCCGUCCUGCUGUUGGCACAUAUUCAGUUGGUUCUAUCGACAAAGAGGGUGACACUACUGGUGUUAGUGUGACUGCAGCAUCAGAUCGAUUUGCUGGAUUGCUAGAGCGCUUUGAGUUAUUCGUGCAGAAAAUGGCUCGUCAGGCUGCGGCAUCGCAGCGUGAACUUCCUUCUUUGUUAGCGAUUCCGACAGACAGUGAAGUGUUUGCUAUUUUGCGUGAGGUUCGUGCGCUUGGUGGGAGUGUGCGUCCAGCAUUGCGAGAUGAAGCCUGCUUAAAAAUUGCAAACCGAAUCGUCAAAUUUAUGUACGAAUUGGGUAACGGAGGUCAAGGCAACGACUUGUUCUUAGAGAUUCUUGUGAGCUCGUUGGAGGCACUGACUACUAGUUGCGAGAAACUUCGCAAGGAGAUUGCGGGAUGGGUAUUGCGCGCACCAGUGGAUGACAAAUUAAAGCUGCACUGUGGAAUAAUUGUGGCUCUUAUUCGAUUCAAAGUGGUUGAUGCUGUUGAGUUCGACAUGUAUUUGGCUCGAAAUAUGGAACGAAAUAGUGUGGCAAUCGAGUUUGCAGUUCACGUCGUCCGUCAAUGCCUGACAAUGAAUCACGUCAGUGUUGCUGCUCAGCUGCCGAACACUCUUGAAGCUCUCGCCCACAUUGUGGAACGCCAUGGAGGUGCGACGGCGAACAAGAACGUUCAGAUUCUAGCUGCACUUCUGGAGCAGGCGCGUGUGCAAAGAAGUCGUCCUACUUUACCAGUGCCGCAAAAAAGCAUGGGCGCAAUCGGAAGUGGUGGUACUGCCAAGCCAGCGGGUGAGCGAUCUCUUGUACACGAGCACGCUGCAUUCAAACACACCUAUCUUCAAAUGCUAAAGCAGUACGGAUUACUUGCUGACGAUGAAAGUGUGUCACUUUUUUUUAAAUUUGGUACCGAGCUAUGUGUUGAUGCCUGCUUGAAGAGCUCGUUCGCCGCAAGUGAUCCUGCUGCACUUAAAGCUGGCGCCAAAGUUCCACUAAAUUACUCAGUAUUAGACGCUCUCACGCACUUGAUGGCGUUGCUGGUGAAGUACCUCGACCCAUCACCCGCGGCAAAGUUGCAGGUGCUAAAUCAUGGUGUGGGAGCGAUUGCCAAUGUACUUGUUGCAGCCCAUGACAUGUCGCGCAAAAAGAAGGCCCCUUUCGACCAACGCGUUUUUUUUCGUAUGUUUGUUAAUCUCAUGAAGGAGCUGACGGCUCAAGAACCUACUUUGGAUGCCAUCCAUCUGCAAGUACUUAACACAUUUGCUAGCGCGUUUAACACGCUUCAGCCUGUAGGAUUGCCUGGUUUUGUGUUUGCUUGGACGGAGCUUAUUUCGCACCGAUGCUUUAUGCCGUUAUUGCUGCGAGCGAAGCAGCAACGUGGUUGGCAGAUUUUACAUCGUCUGCUGAUGAAUCUGCUGGUGUUCAUGGAGCCAUUCUUACGCCAUGCCAACUCGUCUACACCACUACCAAUUUCCAUUGCGGCACUUUACAAGGGUGUGACACGCAUCAUUUUGGUGCUUCUUCACGACUACCCGGACUUCCUAAGCGACUUUUAUACGAGUUUUUGCGACGUAUUGCCUGCAACUUGCGUGCAACUACGAAAUGUUGUUUUGUCGGCCUUUUCGCGCUCGACGCGCCUGCCUGAUCCCCUCAGUUUGGGUCUACAGGUCGCCCAGCUCCCUGAAGUGAGCGUGGCCCCGCGGCUCAUGUCAUCAUGGGGAGCCGCUCUCUCACACAACGGCAUCAAGGAUCAUGUUGACGAAUUUCUUCAUGCACCGUCAAACCGCGCCUCUGUCUUUCCUUUCGAUCUGAUCUCGAAGCUAAUCCGUCCUUCUGCCCAAUUGGAGCACGACCCAACGUCUUGCAAGUAUGCAUUGCCUGCACUUAACGCGUUAGUACUGUAUCUGGGCAAAGAAGGUAUUGCCGAUAUGACGAACUGUGGUUUGACACCAACUACUGCGCUAAAGACGUCAUCAGGAUCUGAGAGCGUUGCCAAUCCUACUGACAAAUUUGAGCAGACCGCAGCCAUGGAUGUUUUUCGGUACCUAGCGGACGAGCUGGAUGCGGAAGGCCGUUAUUGGUAUUUCAGCUCUUUGGUGAAUCACUUGCGCUUCCCGAACAGCCACACCCACUAUUUCAGCUGCGUCAUUCUCUACUUAUUUUCGUACUCGAACAACAAGGUGGUCAAGGAGCAGAUCACACGUGUGCUCAUCGAGCGUCUCAUCGCCAACCGCCCACACCCAUGGGGCCUCUUAGUGACUUUUAUCGAGUUAAUACGCAACAAGAGCUAUAAGUUUUGGGAGCAAGACUAUCUCGAAUGCUCAAGCGAGAUAAAGGAGGUGUUUGACGAUGUUGCUCGCACCUGUCUGGCCACGGCACCUACUGUCUCGGGGGCGAGUCCGCUGGGUUCAAUAGGCAAUAGUUCUGUAUCCCCUAGUGCGUCUGUGCAUCAUUCCCCCUAA